AUGCCUGCGGACCGGUCCUCCAAGUUCUCCGACGAGCUCAUUGCACAUCUAGAAGAGUAUGGAGUCGCCAUAUGCAAGAAGUGUCAAUUCGCCAUCCAGCCUAGUGCUCUUCCAAGCCAUCUCCUUCGCCAUCAAAUCUACCGCAACGAACGACGCGAGCUGCUACAACGACUUUCAAAGCUCAAGCUACCAGAGCCUGACAAUGUGUCAUUGCCUGACAGCAAUUCAGAUCCCUUGCCUCAUCUCAAUGUGCACCGAGGCUUCAAGUGCGAGCAGCUGGGAUGUGAGCAUGCAUGUGUCUCUUCCAAGCGAAUGAGCCAGCACUGGAGCGAGCAGCACGAUGAACACGACUCGAGGAAUGUCAAGGCAAGGUCUGCGUAUCUCCAGACGUUCUUCAGAGGCAACAAGAUUCGCUACUUCGAGGUCAAUGGUCCAGGCGAAACGUUGGCAAUGCCUAGUAGCAGCAAGGACAACGAUGCAUCCAACACCUCCCUCAGCCCGCCUUCGGGGACAGAGCCAGUCUCUUCCAUUUCGAAGAGCCCGUCUGAUGAGGUUACACCACUCAUAGACGAAUCCGUCAUCCCCUUGACGCUCGACAUGCAGACGCUCCAGUACUUCCACCAUUAUACUGUCAAUACUAGCUUGACGCUGCGCCGAAGCAUGACAGAGUCUGAAACCUUCUGGAAGGUAGACAUACCGAGACAAGCGUUUCGAUACCCUUUCCUGAUGUACGCGAUACUUGGGCUUAGCGCCAUGCAUCAUGCAAUGCAGUCUAUCGACGAGUUGCAAACUUGCCAGUCCCAUUACGAAGAGGCGAUGCAGUAUCAAAACGCAGCUCUGGUUGACUUUCGCUCAGCUAUGCGAAUGCCUGAUGCCGAGAACAGUACAGCACUGAUCGCAUUCGGGCGAUUCUUCGGCGUCCAGCGCUGUGUGCAACAUCAGCUUGAGUGGCUACUCUCCAUGUCCACUUCAUCAGACGAAAACGACAUGUCGAAGCUGCUGGAGUUCUUCUUUCUACUACGAGGUGGACACGAGAUGCUCCUGACUUUGCAACACCUCCUUCCAAGGCAUUCGGAUCUGAUAUUGUCGCAAGAGGUGGUGGCCAGUCUGCGUGAGCUCGAGGAUCAUGAAACGGUCAGCGACGCACAGUUAGCCAACAUACCCAACGACAUGCGGGAACGAUUUGCGUCACUUCCUGCCAAGGUCGCGCCCUUGAUAGCGGCACAGCCUUUUCCAGAGGCCAGCCUGGACGACCUACAGCCUGCCGUCAACGCAUUGACGACUGCUGCAAGCCUGAGCUUCGCGAGCGACGAUGUACGAAACAUCUGGGACGGCAUAGAAGGGUGGUUGAGGAUCCUGCCCGAUCAAUACAUCCACAUGCUAUCUGGAGCCCAGCCUGGAGCAUUGGUGAUCUUUGCGCACUGGCUGAUGUUGACCAAGAGGUUGGAAGACCACUACUGGUUCGCCAAAGGAUCGGCUACACGACUACAUUCCAUCGUCAUGGCGAACCUACCUGAUGACGAGUGGCGAGCACUGGUAGUUGAUCUCCCCUAG